GUGCUUCCUUGACUUGGGUAGCAAGGAGGGAAAUACGUCAAAGAGGGUCAGGCUCAAAGGGAUGGAGAGGUGGGAUUAGCAGGAGAAAUUCGAAUAUGAAAUCAACAGGAUGUGGAGAGUACAUUUAAGUUGAGGGUGGGGGAGAGUUCAGGGCUUCUGGUUGGAGCAACUGGGUGGACUGUGGUACCAUUUACAGAGGUGGGGAAAAGCUGGAUAUAGAUUCACAGGAAGAUGGAGACUUUGACACAAUGCCUCUGUGGGGCCUAGGUGACAUCCGGGAGGGAUGUCAGGAGGCAGUGAGAUGCACGAAGCUGCAGGUCAGAACACGCCACACUGUGGGAAACGAGAGAGGCUGCAGUGUAAUCUUCAUUUCUGGUUUCCUUUUGCACCUGACAGCAGAGCUGAGCAGGGACUGGCUCUGGGCUCCGGGGACACGUGGUGGAGGAAGGGUGUCAUUCCCCUGGUGUCAAAGACGGCCCCUGGCUCACCGCUGACUCGGUUUCCCCCACAGAUGAGUUUCCCCUGCCGCAGGUCCAGGAAUCCCAAGACUCUGACCUGCCUUCUGGUCGGGAUGAGCUUCUUGGUCCUGCGUCUGUGGUUGCCCCAAGCCCCCAGGUCCCAGCAGAAGAGGUGGGAUGGUACCACCCAGGCUGCCCUCACUGCCGCGCAGCAGUCGGCGCUCAGCCCAGAGCAGCCGUGUGUGGCCAACGCCUCGGCGAAGUCCACGGCCGACUUCGCGCGGCUGCCCGCGCGCAUCCAGGACUUCCUGCGGUACCGCCACUGCCGCCACUUCCCGCUGCUCUGGGACGCGCCGGCCAAGUGCUCCGGCCGCCGCGGGGUCUUCCUGCUGCUGGCGGUGAAGUCGUCGCCCGCGAACUACGAGCGGCGCGAGCUCAUCCGCCGCACGUGGGGUCAGGAGCGCAGCUACAGCGGGCGGCCGGUGCGCCGCCUCUUCCUGCUGGGCUCCGCCGCGCCCGAGGACGCCGAGCGCGCCGAGCAGCUGGCCGCGCUGGUGGGGCUGGAGGCGCGCGAGCAUGGCGACGUGCUGCAGUGGGCCUUCGCUGACACCUUCCUCAACCUCACGCUCAAGCACGUGCACCUGCUCAACUGGCUGGAGGCGCGCUGCCCGCACGCGCUCUUCCUGCUCAGUGGCGACGACGACGUCUUCGUGCACACCGCCAACGUGGUUGGCUUCCUGGAGGCGCAGCGGCCCGACCGCCACCUCUUCACCGGACAGCUCAUGUCUGGCUCCGUGCCCAUCCGCGAGAGCGGGAGCAAGUACUUCGUGCCCCCGCAGCUCUUCUCCGGGCCGGCCUACCCGGUGUACUGCAGUGGCGGUGGCUUCCUGCUGUCCAGCUACACGAUCCAGGCCCUGCGCAGGGCUGCCCACCUCACCCCGCUGUUCCCCAUUGACGACGCUUACAUGGGCAUGUGUCUGGAGCACGCGGGUCUGGCGCCCAGCAGCCAUGAGGGCAUCCGACCCUUCGGCGUGCAACUGCCUGGCGCCCGGCAGCGCUCCUUUGACCCCUGCUUGUACCGCGAGCUGCUGCUCGUGCACCGCUUCAUGCCCUACGAGAUGCUGCUCAUGUGGAAGGCACUGCAUGACCCAGGCCUGAGCUGCAGCCAGCGGCACAGGGUCUCCUGAGGCCGGGUGGGCUGCUCUGGGGGGAUAAGCUGAGAAUGUGCCUUCCCUGAUGCGGACCCCUUCUGUUCUACCGAACAUCAGCUGCACACUGGAAUCCCCUGGGUGGGGGGUGGGGUGGAAAAUACCCGUGUCCUGGUCCCAUCUGCAAAAGUUGUGACUGGGGGCUUGGGUGCCCCAGACAUCUAGGUAUUUUUUAAGUUCCUCAGGUAAUUUGAAUGUGCAGCUAGGAAUGAAGGCCACUGGGUGAGCGAUGUCUGUUAUCCUUCCAAACCCAGUUCCAUCGCCCCCUCUACAAGCCUUCCAGGGCACCUAGCCCCUGCUCUUGAGUCAUUGUGGGCAAUGGAGCAAGGGAGGUGUGAGGACCGUGGAUCACAGGGUUGGGUGCAGUGCACAUACAAGUUGCCAUUUCCGUCAUUUCCUCCGCAAGUGAGUGGAGCUGGAGCUGGGCUGAUGGUCAUCAGAUGGAUCCCCUCCCCCAGGAGUUAGUCUACACUUGGGACUAGAAAGCAACCCCCUAGAGUCAGAGCUGGGGGUGUCUGGCAGGCUUCCUCCCACCUAGUCUCUCCCCACCCCCCAGCCCCAAUCCCUCUGUGAGGUCAAAAUCCCCUGUGUGCGAACUGGAAACUGAGGCCCAGUGAAGACAGUGACAAAUCCAGGGCCACGUGGUCAUUGCCAGACAACACGCCAUCAAGGUCCCCUCCACAGUCACCCUGACCACAGCUAAUGCCUGUUCAGGUCCAGCUUCCAGAGGCUGCCCAUGUUCCUCGGCUUAUGGCCUCCUUCCAUCUUGAAACCAGCAAUGGAACCAUUCUGACCUCUGCUUCCCUUGGCCCUAUAUCCUCUUGCCUCCCUCUUUCAUUUAUAAGGACACUUGGGAUUUCCACUGGGCCUACCUGGAUAAUCCAGGAUAAUCUUCCUCUCUUAAAGCCACUCUAAUACCACCUGCACUUUUUUCUCAAUUGAAGUAUAGUUGACAUACAAUAUAUUAGUUUCAGGUAUACAACAUAGUAAUCUGAUAUUUUUAUACAUUAUAAAAUGCUCACCACAAUAAGUGGUGACCAUCUGUCACCACACAAAGUUAGUACACUGUUAUUGACUAUAUUCCCUAUGCUGUACUUUUUAUCCCUGUGACUUACUGAUUUUAUAACUUCCAUUUAUAAUGUAACGAGGGCAGGAGACAAACCUCCCAAGUAUAAAUAAACCUAUGUGGAUAAAGAAUGCUCAAGUCUGAACCAACAUAGUCCCCUAAAUAACCCUAUUCUUAAGACAAAACUUCAACGGAAUUAUGAAUUAUGAAUCACCUGUAUACAUCAUGCCUUGUACUGACUCUUACCCAAAAAGCCCUAUAAAACUCAAGACCCUAAACCCUUAAGUGCACCUCCUCUCUAAGGUUGCUGGCACUUACCUAUCUUCAAGUGUGUCACUCUCUCAUUCUACUUCAGACAAGUAGGGAGAGGCUGCUGAGAGCUCUGAUCUGAGCUUGCAAAAUCAGACCUGGACAAGACUGAGCUAUAUGAUCAUGCUUCUUAGUAGCCUGCCCAAAACUCUUCUUUCUUUGCCUUUGGGAAGUUCUCCAAACAUAAUCUCUCCAUCCACUGCUCUGCAGCUCCCCAGAUCCUGGGGUGGUAGGGAUAUAGUCUCAUGUCAUGCAGAUUCAAGCAGACACUGGACACCAGGUGACCCUGACUUUAGGAGUUGGCAAGGGACUUGCCCAAU